UUUGAUGUUGAUUCUCCGUUAACGGGCGGCAUUACCCGAGAUAUAUUGGCGGAUAAUCGGUGGGAAAACGUUUCAGAACUAACGGACGGUAAGGGAGUAAAACUCGGCCGAGAACACUUCGCUUAGGCCCGGUUCAAACGUCGAAUUUCACAUGUGCCGAACUUAACGUGAGAGUUAAAUGCAUGUGAAGUGCGACGUUUGAAUCAAUUAAAUUCGACUGUUUAAAUUAAAUGCAACGUUUGCCGUAUCUGCGACUGAAACAGUCAAAGAUUCGACUUAGGUUCGACUUUUGAUUCAAACGUCGCAUUUCACAUGUGCCGAACUUAAUGAAUGAAUUUUAGUAAAUUAUUAUUAUAUUACUGGGAAAACUGACAGCGAAGAGAGUUAAAUUCGACAGAUUUCAGUGAGUUAAAUUCGACGUUUGAAUCAAAUGCCGUAUUUAACUAUUUUAGUCGACUAAAAUAGCAAUUAAAUUCGGCACAUGUGAAAUUCGACGUUUGAACUGGGCCUUAGCUGGGUGGCUAAAGUUGUAAAAUGCCUGAGGUACAGGGUCGGAGUAACUUGUCUGCGGAGGCGAAGCAUAGUUAACUUAGACCCGGUUCAAACGUCGAAUUUCACAAGUGCCGAACUUAACGCCAGAGUUAAAUGCACGUGAAGAGCGACGUUUGAAUCAAUGAAAUUCGACUGUUUAAAUUAAAUGCGCCGUUUGCAGUAUCCACGACUGAAACAGUCGAAGAUUCGACUGACUUAGGUUCGACUUUUGAUUCAAACGUUACAUUUCACAUGUGCCGAACUGAAUACAUGAGUUUUAGUAAAUUUAUUUAUUAUUAUAUAUACUGGGAAUAUUGACAGCGAACAGAGUUAAAUUCGACAGAGUUAACAGAGUUAAAUUCUAAGUUUGAAUCAAAUGCCGCAUGUAACUGAAUUAAGUUCGGCACAUGUAAAAUUCGACGUUUGAAAUGGGCCUGAACGAAACUGGAGCUCUUCCAAUAUGUUUAGACUAAUUAUUCUAACACUGUCAACAGGCAAUUUUCACGAUGACGACAUUUGACUACAACUACCAGAAUUCAUCUCGUUUUUGCUUUCUUAUUUAAGAGCGAAUCCAUGCAAAAAUCGACUAAAAUCGCCGAUUCGUGGCAAGGCUCAAAAAAUCAAAAUCGCUCUUCUUUUGCAGACUGGUAGACUUUAGUAAGUAUACAAACGCUAUGUAGUUUUUUCUUCGAAAGAUCAGUUCGUUUCCGAGAAAAACGAAGAAAACCGUUUCAAGCCCCACCGUCGAUUUCGCAAGCCAAAAACAGGGUUGAAAUUCAUCAUGAUUCGCUGGACCGGCUCGUGUUCCAAUACAACCGCGCUAGGAAAAAAACUUGUUGCUAAACUUUUAAGUUUAACUCGUCGUUGAUCAAAAUAUAUACUAUUUUUAGCAUUACAACAGUCUGAGUAAUUAUAAAAAAGCUAAAGCGUACGGCUACCUGUGUUUACCCACGAAAGGUCGUUGAAAACAGCGACGAUUUUCAUCAUGUGCCUUUGAUCAGAAUUUUUCAGAUUGAAGGGAAAUACACUACAGGCAUCAAACGUUUAUGUUAUGUAAAAAUUAUUUUGGGAAAUCAUUUUGAGCUUCUCAGAAAUUAUUUUAAAAUCGUUUUACUGACAACAUAAAGUAACGCCAUCUUUAACAUAUGCGUGACCAUCGUCAGUCGACCAGGCAAAGGUCAUGAAACAUCUUUCCUAAAAAGUCUUGGUAAUAUUCACGCACAAAGUUCUAAAUGUUAAAGUACUUACCCUAUUCUUUGUUUCAGGUCUAAUUUUACGGAAAAAUGUUUCCCGUUGCCAUCUGUUCGAGUUUGCCAUUCAAUAUUAAACUCUGUUUGACUACACGCAUACUUUCUAACGAAGUUCGCUUAUGUUCAUUCAACCCGUAGUAAACUCUCUCUUCCUUAUCUGUCAACAACUUUUGUCUCAAAAUGCUGCUGGACACCGCAGAAGGAGGCGCCAAUCUGAAGGAUAAAGCGCCCUACGAACGUUUUGUGACUCAGAUUACAGCUGUCAAGAUCCCGGGGCCCGGGGUCAGGAUCCGCUGAAAGCAGGCGAAAAGCAAACGUAAAACAUGCGUAUAAUAUAAAAUUUUUGAAAAGGAAGAAUUUAAUUGGUAGCCUCGCUGAAGAUUUUCAUUGCUACGAGACGUCGGCAUUAUCAAAUCAAAAGAUGUCUUAACAAAAAAUUGUGUAAAUGUUUUCUUCCAAUCUUCAUAAGUAGAACUUUCAGUUGUUGGCUGCACGUAUGUAAUCGUGGCCUGUACGUGCGUUGUUUCAGAGUGCCUUCUUAAUAAAGGACAAAAUUAAUAUAAUUUUUACUGUGCUAAAUGUCACUUUUCGUGAAUUGAAACAAACAUAAUUUACGUCUUUUUGGUUAGUACAUUUGAAAUAACACAAUUUCCAAAACAAAAAAAAUACAUUCUUCUGGAAGAAACAGCGGAGACAACAGAACCUCAGCCAUGAAGGAUCCAAUGAUACCUUGCGAUCUUUAACCUGUACCGAGUGAGACAAGGAAGCCAGUUUUUUGCAAGGUUUCCAAAUCCAUUUUGUCUCAGUGACAUAAGGGACGGACCAUUAAAAACCUAAGGGGGUGGGGGGGCGGGGGGGGCGAAGUACAAAAAAAAUAUUCGCUCAAGGGUAGAUUAAAUGAAAAAAAUUCAUGCACGCCAAUUAACUCUAAAACAUUUUCAUGCUAAAAUUCAUUCAAGGAAUUUGAUAACGAAAAAAAAUUCCUGCGGCUCAAAAAUUCCCCCCCUCCCCCAUAACUUUUCUAAUGGUCCGUCCCUAAUAGAUAAGGUUUCUCUUCGAGAUCCCCAGUGUCCUGAGUUCUUGUAACAUUCUGCAAGCGCAUCUGCUACUGAGCUUGAAGUCAAUGGCUUCGUCAUUGGUCUGCUGAGCUACAAUUUGAGAUUGAACCAAGGAUACCCAGAGUUUUUCAGCGUCUUCUGGCGCAAUCUCUCCCUAGAGCUGCAUCGACCACUUGUUUUGCUGUACGAAUAUGGAAUCGUUGAGUUCUAUCCUACGCCAUAUCCCCACACGUUGUCUUGAAUGAGGUACAAGUCAGUCGUUUGAAGUAAAUGUAAAGAAAACGGCAACAACAAAUGCCUUCAGAACUGGACUAUGAUCUUUAAAUUUUUUUAAAAAAAUUAUUUACUCUGGGCCCGGGAAAUCGGGUUUAAUUUCAAACUAAGAGAAAAACUGAAAGGUUUAUUUUAUCGGACAGAUUAGGUGGAUUGGUGCCGUACCGGGGAGACUCUGGGUUAUCUAAGAGAGUUGACAACUAUGGUAAACUUUAUACAGUAUUCGCGGAUUGAAUCUAAGUGACUUAUUAGAAUAUAAUACAAUGAAUAAACCAAAGUACCUAAACCUACAGGAAUGAGGAGAGCGGUUUGCUGAUAGAUAUAUUCUGAAAUGUUCUUCCUCUAACUCCUUUGUCGGCUUUAACAGGUUUCCCUCUUCUUUCAAUUAUAUGUGAUUGGUGAUUUCCUUUGGAACUUGGCACGAAUUGGAAUAACUGUUCCGUCGCCAUCCAAUACCGAGCUCAGAACCGGCGAUGGAAAGGGCAUAUAUUAAAGGAACUUAGGGCGCUCUCCAUUUGUCAGAAUUGGCAGGCUGGACCAUAUCCCGACCAGUCAUUUUGAAAGUGAAAUAGGAUUUUUCCAAGAGUGUUUGCUGAAAAACGUUCUCUUUCGAGCAUACUAUUUCGGAUUUGACUGAUCUAGCUGAAGAGUUUGAUAGGGAAAUUAUCAGUGCGACGGGAAUGGUCUGGCUGGUCAGUUCUGAGCUAAAGUCUGUUUCGCUUUCAGAAAGAGACCAUGUCGACCUAUGCCCAGUUACGUUCUUUAUAGUUUGACAGCGACAAAGGAACAAUCUCAGUUGAUCUCUGCUUAUUCCUUCUAUCAAACGAACGUAGAGUACCUACUAAUGACUCGAAGAAGCACAAACCUUCCAUAGCUUCAUCGAAGAAGAACCCACAAAACAGUGUUUAUGCAAAGAUCUUUUUCUUUUUCAAGUGGGAAUGAACAGUUGAAUCAAAUUAAACUAAAUUUAAUUCGAUGAUGUUAAUCAAAUGCCUAAAAUGUCAAAAUAUUAGAGAUAAUUCUCAGGUAAAAUAAUGUCAACUGGAGUAUUUUUGAAGAAGGAGGAGUAUAAAAGAUGAAUCUUCUUCAGUGUACUGGAAGUAACGGGUGAACGUCGGUGAAGCUCGUCACGUGUAUAUCACCGGAAGUAGACCUUGGCACAUUCCUAUGCAAAUGUGAUUAAUAGACCUUUUUACCGAUACGGCGGCCAUAUUGAAUUAAUUCCAUUUAAGGAGUAUUAUAGGAUGCCCAGGGGGCAUGAGCAUAAAAAAACACGGCAAAAGGAUCUUUUUGCCCAUUACAAUCUUAUUCUAAGAAAACGUUAAGAAAAAAUGUCCCGAAAAGCGCUCGAAAAUACAAACGAAAUGUGCUCGUAGUGUUUUCCCCUUCAAUCUUGAAAAUUUCUGAUCGAAGGUACAUGAUGAAAAUCGUCGCUUUUUUCAACUACCUUCCGUGGUUGAACAACAGGUAGACAUACGCUUCAGCUUUUUUGUAAUUACUCAGACUGUUGUUAUGCUAAAAAUAUCAUAUAUAUAUUGGUCAACAACGAGUUACGCUUACAAUUUUAGCAACAAGCUUUUUUUCUAGCGCGAUUGUUUUGAAAUGCAAGUCGAGCGAAUCAAAGUGAAUUUCAACCCUGUUUUCGGCUUGCAAAAUCGACGGUGGGGCUUGAAACGGUUUUCUUGUUUUUCUCGUAAACGAACAGAUCUUUCGGAGAGAAAACUACAUGGCGUUUGUACUUACUAAAGUCUAUUAGUAUGCAAAAGAAGAGCGAUUUUUAUUUUUUGAGCCUUUCUGUACUUUGGUCGAUAUUUGCUUGGAGUUGCUGUUAAAUUUGUCAAUCCCGCUGAGGAUUAAAGAACAAUAGCUCUAAUUUGCACAAGAAAACAACAAACCUAAGGAUUCUGGUAGUUGUAAGAAAAUGACAUCAUCGAGCAAUUGUCCUAUUAAGUAACUCUACAUGGUUCUGUAUCUCGAUUUUUGCUCUUAUUUUGAAACUACUGGUUUAAGUUGCUUCAAUGUUCUCCUCCGGAUGAAGAUACUUUUGCUGUCAAAAUUUAUCGCCGAGAGGCCGCAAAAACAAUUAUAAACAAGACGCUACGGAGCGUACACUUCGGCGUCGUGGUUGUGGAACUGAUUAAUUGUAAAUGUGGAGGAAUAGUAAGAAUGAAAUAUGGUAAGAGUAAGGUGUUAAUUUGUGAAAAUAUGGGAUUUGUCAGGAUAUCCUGAAAAGAGAAAUAUCCAAGAGGCCUACUUGCCCAAAACUGGCAUUUCGGGACUAAUAAUAUACAUGAAAAAAUUUCUCGAUUGUGAUUGGCUAAGAGAAAUGCAGUUUUUAGGUAACACGGUGCAGAAAAAAGGUAAUUGAGUGCAGAAAAGAGUAACAAACGUGACAUUCUGAUUGGCUAAUAAGGAAUUCACUGAGAGCCAAUCAAAUACGCCAUCUAAAUGGCGCAAAAUUUGGAUCCGCUCUGGACCAGUUUCGAGCUAAAACCGCAAUGGUUGGCAUUUGCAGCACAUUUGCUUUUGCGACCGAAACAACUGUAGAGGAGUUGAAAAACUGCUCUAAAAAUGAAAGCACUGCAAAAAGCACUGGUUUUUGGCUCUCUGUUUCGAAGAAUUGGUGCGUAGAUAAGGAAAUUACUGAUGAAAGAGAAAAUUAUGAGCCGGUUGAGCUUAACACUUUGCUCGAGCAUUUCUACGCCGCAGACAAACAAUAAAAAAGGUGAAGAUUAUGAACCAGAAAGCCUUAAAGUAAUGAUGGCAUCGAUUGAUAGACACUUAAGGAACAAAGGCUGCACCCUGUCCAUUGUACGUGACCGAGAAUUUAGUUCGUCCAAAGAGGUGUUAGAGGACAAAGCGAAACGGCUUCGCUUGGCUGGCCGUGGUAAGCACCCAAACAAAGCUCGGCAAGUAUGAGAGGAGGAAGAAGAAAUUCUCUGGAAGAGCAGAAAACUCGAGGUAAUAACCCAGAAUCUUUAAUUCAAAAACUCCAUGAACUGAUCAGCCCGUUUCUGCAGCUUGCAAACUUUAAAAACAACGAGCAACGAGUUUUUUGACUGCACUGUGAUGAUAUUUGCAGCAUUUGAAUAAUUUAUUAUUGCACGUAGUUUACGCGUGUUGACUCCCUAUCAAAGUGAUUUUAAAGCUAUCUCGAAAUGUAAAGAAUGCCCUAAUUAAUUAUUCAUGAAUAAUCCAAAAACGUAGAGAACGUUCGAGAAAGUCACGCAACGCAUGAAAGCAAUUUUACUACGUAACACUCAACAAAGACAAAAUGUCUUUGUGCAGCAUUUUGUAACUUUAAAUUCAUCAUAAAACAGUUCGAAAGGAGGGCUCACUGUUGAAAUGUUUUUCAACACUCGAAGAGAAAUUUCGUGUCUCUGCGCGGCCACGUAAUAUCCUAAUUAUUCUUCGAGUAAAUUAAAGACUAAACCCGAAGUGAUCUCAAGAUAUCACGAAGUAGUCCGGUCUCAUUUCGUGAAAUUGCCGCAACAAGCCGAAAGGUCACGAACUUGCACGCCCAAUCUUGUCCCGAAACUAGUGCAUCAUGUUAUAACUAUUUUUCACGUUCCGAACUUCCUUGGUUCGCAGUACCGCAAUCGGCUAAUCCCUCAACUUAAAGUCUCCUCUGAUCUGACGGGUCACACAAGUGAGUCGGUUCAAACCCCAGGAAAGCCAAGAUAAUAAUUCUUUCUUCCUCAGAAAAAUCAAAGAAAUCGACGUGAUCUCGAGAUAUCUCGGACUAAUUCGGCUCUUACUUCGUCAAAUAGCCGAAUAAAACCGAAAACCAACAGACUUUGCGUCCCCAAUCUUGUCAAAAAAAGUCAACUUUCCUGAGCGUCGCGAAUCCUUUUCCUUCGCGCUCCGCCGAAGUAAAAAACGGAUCAAGUCUACUUGAUGACGUCAUUGCAAAUACCAAGUGAUACAUGGAAAUCCAUAUUGGUCACCUGAUUUUGCAGGCGGCUACGAUUCACGCCCUAUCCACGCUGCUCGCGCAAACAUUUAUCUCGGCUGCACGAAGUCAAGCCUCGCUUUGCGAGGAAUGAUAGGAAUUAAAGCCUGUUUCUAAUAACCGCAAACACUUGAGGGGUUUGAAACGUGUAACUCGCGUUCGAUGCUCGUGAAUAUUCACUUUUGCCAUAUUUGGAUACCUUACUGAAGGAUAUCCAUUUUCAGCAAAAUGGCAGCCGAGCGAUCACCAUGAAGUGGUUUUAAGACCAGCGUUCUCCAUUUAAAGGUUAAAAAUACACCGUUAAAAGACAAAACAUUGAAAGGGAAAGUUCAAAAGAAUGCUCAGUUUUCUUUUUGUGGAGGAAGGGAACCUUUUAUUCAAGAAAUCGUCGUUCGAGGAAUUCAACAUUAUUUUCUUCACGGCGGAGCGCAUGGUCUGUUUUCAAAUGCGACCAAGGCAGCGAAGUUUUUUGCUGAAUUUUCAGGUACAUUUUGCACUCUAUGGCCAAGAAAAUUACGUGUGUGAAAGGGAAUUUAUGUGUUUAUAAAUGUUUCAUAGACGUCUCAUACAUUUUUUCUUCGGGGCUAAGGAAAAAUUACAAAAUGCGCCCCGGCCGAUUUGAGAUGGAUUUUGUGUUGAAUUUUGCCAUCUGCUUAGACGAUUUUACUUGCGAAUUGAUUUGUCGAUUUUACUUGCAUGAUCGGAUCCACGAUCCGGAUAGUGUUACGCGAAUUGCUUUAAAAGGAUAAACUUUUUGGAUUUUGAAUAAAAAAUUUCAAGAAACGGCUUCUCCUUCUAUUGGUUUGAGUUUGUUUUUUCAUAGCGGAGGAUCAUGGGUAAGUAAAUCAACCCAUCUCACAAAAUUUGAUCAUCACGUGACCGUACACCGACCGGCUCCGACCGUCAGUCCGCACCACAGGCAUACGAAUGUAAAAUAACUCAAUCAACAGGUAUGGAAAACCCAAGUGCAACUCGAAGUUAUUUUGGCGGGAAAUCGCACAGGCACCCGCUGCACAACUAAAGAGUAAAUAAAGACGAAAACAGAAAGCGGAAAUUGUUUCUCUAUCCCUGUUGUCUAAAGCAUUAAGCUUAGAUUAAUUGUCAUGCACACAGAUUUGGAAUAUAGAGCAAGAGAAAGACAGAGAAAAAGAGGAAGUAGGCGGCAGGCCAGCGAAGCUUAACGAUAAAAAGGGCGACAGAGAUAUAGUGCGAGAGAUAAAAAAAAAAACAAAGGAGACAUUUGUUAGUUAGAAGAACAAAAUGAAAAUUUUGUAGCGGCGGUGAUAACAUGAGAAAUGCUGGCGGCCACCAAUACAAAGUGAAAAUAAGCGGCAGUGAAAAAAAGUGAACGAGAGGAAGUACGACAUCUCCUUCACGUUGUAGUCGUGCAAAACAACGGCAAAGAAAUGUACAUAAAAGUAUGCACGUGCAAAGUUGCUGUUUUGCUAAUUAGACAUAUAACAAUACGGCAGCACUAAAACAUGGAAUCGGGAGUCCGGAAACGGAAACGGAAUCACAGAAUCACGGAAACGGAAUACGGAAUUCGUGAAAGAAGGUGCCAAGCGAUCGAUUUGAAAAAAUAUAUAUUAGCAAUGACAAUAAAAUAAAUAAAGAGAUAAAAAAAAAAGACAAAAAGGAAUAAAUUAGCUGAGUAGAGGAGACUGCUGUAUCACUAGAGAAGUCUAUUCCGCUGAAAAGACUCUUGAUACCAUUAUAACUGAAAGGCGUCGCCGUCAAGUUUUUCCUGAGUGUCUUUUCUGGGUUGUCUUUAACAGUGUUCAGUUCUUUUUAUCAAGACAACUUACUCAAGAGAACUGUGAAGUCCAAAGAGAAGAGAGAAUUGUGCAUGCAUUUGCUUGAUUCCGCAACCGAUUACAUCAAAAUAAUUCGCCAUGUUUAAUAAGCCUUUUCAACAAAAAUACGGACGUCAACGUAAAUUCAAUUACCGGUACAACAAGUAUGUGGUCAGUAUUCAGCUUGGCGAAAAAGUUGAACUUAUUACUAAAACACUGGAACUGUGGUCACGUCACGGGUCCGUCAUGUGUUGAGUAUUCAGUUUGGGGACAAUCACGUGGUGUGGUCUGAGGGAAUUACUACUAUUCUUGACAUUUAGCUACAAAGGUAAUAUUUACUGUAUUAUUCAACCCAUAAACUCGUGAAUAAAAAUCACUCGUAGAAUUACUUUCAUCGGCCUUGCGGUGCAAUAAUCCACACCACGGCAAACCUUAUCAAGAUACAAUAACAAGAAUAUAUGAAGGGAACUGCCAAGAAAACUAGAACAAAUUCUCUUUGGAUUAUACUAAAUUAUGCGAUGCGAAACUCUUUAAUUUUCUAUCAUAGAUAUUUGAUUCUGUAUGCCGUUUCCGUUUCCGUUUCCGGAUUCCAGAUUCCAUGUUUUAGUGCUGCCGGUUUUUUUCACCGUUCUUGUUGCCUUCGCCGCUUAGCACUACACGAUUUUUUAUUUUGUUUGAACAAACAUUAAAUAUUAUCGAGAGCUUCGCUUUUAGCCCUGGCUAAAACUAUAUAUUAAAUAUCAACAUGUAAUAAAUGCUAACAUGAAAUGUUUUCAGAAGUAAUCAAAUGGUUCAACGUCGAAAAUGACACCUCCUUUGCGCCAUCCUCAAGUGAAUUUAUCUUUGGUCUUAAUAGUGAAAGAAAGAAUCAAAGCUCAUCGGAUAUUGUCAAAAAGCUCGAUUUUACUCUUUUGUUUGCCAAAUAUUACAUGUACAUAAAUAAGUUAGCUCCUAAAGAUUUAACUUUGGAUGAAUUUAAGGCUAAAAUCAGUUGAGGUAUGAUUUCGAAAAACCCCCUCCUUCAAUUUGUUAGUAAGAAUCCAACUUACCGGAAUACUCUGUUAAUUAACAGGUCUAAUGUUGCUACCCUUACCAAAUCCAACACUGUUUUGAAUGUAUUUUUAAGCUAUUUUUGAAAACUGUUUUUAACCUGUAUUGUGAAAUAGGUUUUAAAUAGGGUGAAAAGAGUAUUUUUAAUGUAUUUUUCGACUGCUUUUAAAGGUGUUUUAACCUAUUUAAAACGCUAUUGAAAAAUGAAUUUUUAAAGUAUUUUAAAAUUCGUUUCAAAUAUAUAAAAAAUUCCUUUGUGAAUGAUUACAACUGUUCUACUAUUCUUUUUCGUCUUUAUGUAAUUUGGUCCAAUCUGUACGUGUAAUAUUGUUCAAUACCUUCUUUUAGUUUUAAAAUUUUGUAACUGUAACAAUUGUGUUAUUAUAAAUAAACGACUAUUAAAUACACACACACACACACACACACACAUAUAUAUAUAUAUAUAUAUAAUUAUACUCCAAGAGCUAGGUUAUUUGAACAUUUACUGCAACUCUGAGUUUCAUGCUUUUUGCGAAGCAAUCAUCAUUUAUAGCUCUAGCUCUGCUAUUGAGCACUUUAUAGUAGAUGAGGAUUUCCUUCCACUUUUUUGGUUAUAUAUAUAUAUAUAUAUAUAUAUAUAUAUAUAUAUCUUUCUUUUAGCCUUUGUUGUGCUUUAUAAUAGGAGGACUCUAAAUUAUUUAAAAGGGGCUGUGUCACGAAGUCCAGGUCAUUUUGUUUAAUUUUGCAGAUUACUCGCCCUCAACGGCUAUGGAACUUAAAGUAAGCAAAGAAAUUACAUGUAAAUGACCAAGCCAGAGAUUCGAGACACACCAAUAUGUCUCCUCGGCAUUAUUUUUGAAGUUGCAAACAGCAGAGAUAAAGUUUGAAAAACUGUUACUAAAAGGCUGAACAGUUUUCAAAAACCCUAAUUUCAAUCCGUUUCAAUCUUCUCCAGUUUUGCCCAUCCGUGGUAUCUGUUGUAUCUUUUGUGUUACUUUAACCUUCCUUUAAUGUUUUAAGCGGUUAUUUUUAUGUUCCUCUUGGAUUUAACGGGCAUUUUGUAAUACCUAAUUUGGCUGAAUUUCGUGACACAGCUCCUAUAAUUUCAGUAUACUGUAGAGUUUUGCCGUCUGUCUUUCAGAUUAACUGUCUGUCGGACUUUAAUUUUUACUGUGGCUCAUUGGUUCUGGAGUGGGACUCAUGAUUUUUUACAAGAAGAGUUGUUUGAAGGCCUACUUAGUGCUUAACCCAGGGUUAAAUUUAACCCCCAGUUUCUUUUUCGUUUGUUCAAAGCAUUUUCUCGAAUAAUUUUCUCUGUUAUUUUUGAGAGCAUCCAAUCAUUAACCCUGUUGACAGAAAGAAUUAAACAGAAUUUACUUUUUGAGCAGUUUCAAAUCUGAAUUCAAAUUUUGCACUUACCCUGGGUUAUCUUAAUCCAGGUUUGAACAACCCGGCCCAUAACUAUUUGUAACAAAAUCACUGAAAACUUCUUUAUUGGGUAUACAUGUAGGUGCAAUUGGAAAACCGUCCUUUAGGUUUAAUUAUCAUGGGCGGAUUUAGGGUUGAGGCCGAGGGGACUGCGGCCACCGCUUUUUCCUUGAUGCAUUGCAUUUGGUAUUGUUUUUAAAAAACUUCUCAGUAAAAUAAAAGUAUCGGCAAAUGUCCCAUUCAAUCCAAUUAAAAAAUAAUUAAUUUUUUGGAUCCACCCAUGUUUAUCCAAAGAUAAAGUUUAAGCCUUGUGUAGCCUUAUUGUUUUUGUGUGUGUGUGUGUUUUAAAAUCAUUAUUCCUUGUAUUCUUUUAUCUAAUCACCAGUUUUGUUGUAUUGCAGUAACUGUUGUAGCAUUAAGCUCUAUCAUGUCAGUGAAACAAUCAUUCUUAGAUUUCCGUGUCACACCAGAUGCCUCUGGAAAAUGGAUGAAACCAGCACAGGACAAAAUCAGUGAAAUUGUCAAAGCUACCUUCCAAGCCAAUAGUUGCUUUAGUACUUCUUCUGUCACACUGUUUACUGGUGUAAAUGGCGUGUGAGUGAUUAUUUCUAUACAUUUACCCUACCAUUAAAAUUGCAUAGAAGUCUCUUACUUUUACUGUUUUCUUUAAUCACAGAGAGUCUACCCUUCGAUUAUUUCCAGAUGGUCUCAUAACAUUAGAUAUUAUUCAGUACAUUAAAGAUGUCAGUGAAGAAAAAUUACUCUGUCGACAGGUAAGUCUUUGUCCAUUUCUCGGCGAUUUAACUAUAUCAAAAAGUCUACCAGCUGAACUUCUUACUUGCUACAGUGCGUUCUUUUAAAUAUAUAUUUCUGUCCAUAGCCACGAUGGAAACUAAGAGAUCACCAGUUAAAUCAUAAUAAGGUCAACGUUUCUUCCUCCUCCACCCCUCUUACAAUGCCUUAUUAAAAAUUCCGAUAUUAAAAUGCAUGAAGCACAAAAUAGCAGUGCAAUAAUAUCACCUGGACCCCAAUGUCAACUUGAAUAAAGAUCACUCAUUGGCUACUCAGUAGAAGUCAUAAAACACACAGUAUUCUUAUCAAUGCCAUUAAGAAUAAAAUUUACAUUAAUUUUUAUUUCAUUGUUUCAUUGCUCACAGUUGAGUGAAUUUAUUUUCACAGGAUUACA